UCGCAGAAGUCACCGUACGGAGAUGGUGGGAUGCAUGGUAUGGGGCGGGCCAUUCUGUCCGCUGCAUAGCCAUUGCCGUGAAAGGGGCAGGAAAGCUGUUGGACAGCAGGGAAGCACAUUGAUGAUGGGUAAUAUACUUAUGUAUGACUCUGUGAAAAAUGUGAAUGAUAUAUGUAUGACGGGUCCCCUGUGUACGGGAUCUGGGCAACAACUGACAUGUCCAUUACUAAACACAUCAUCUCCUCUUUUAAAAUGAUGGCAUUCAUUGUUUUCCAUUACGUGAAAUAGUGCCGGGAGACACAGAGAAGCCGUCCGAUAGCGAUGGACGGCUAUAAAUCAUUGUCAUAAUAAUGCGUGGCCUGGUAGAGGGAACAACUUUCAGAAGGAAAGAAAAGAAGCGCAGAGUGCAUAAAAAAGGUAGUUAAGAUUUAAUUAUUGAAGAUGGGCCAGGGGAAGAAUGGGUUAUUGGGUGGGGAAACCUGCCAGGCUAAGGAGGAGUUGAUUCCUCUGCUGUUGAUUUGAAAGGGGAUAAGAUAUCCUCAUUCUAAAGAUUUUCAGCACUGCUUGUUUUGUUUGUGCAAUGGAGGAGAGGGGACUUCCUCUUGCCCCUCAUCUCCUGCAACAUACAUUGCGUACUCUUUGCGUGGAUUCCAAUUGGGUUUAUGCGGUCUUUUGGAGAAUCCUACCACGCAGCUACCCUCCUCCCAAGUGGGAUACAGAGAGCGGAAUUGGAAUGUAUGACAGAUCCAAGGGAAAUAAAAGGAAUUGGAUAUUAGCAUGGGAAGAUGGAUUUUGCGACUUUGGUGCAUGUGCAAGGGCUGCAAUGGACUCCAAAGCUCGGGAGUCGGAUGAUGGUUCUAGGAAAUCAGCUCACAGAAAUGAGGAUUUGGGCUGCGGAUUGCAGCCUGAUCUCUUCUUCAAAAUGUCUCAUGAAGUUUAUAACUUCGGUGAAGGGCUGAUGGGCAAAGUGGCAGCAGAUGGCAGCCAUAAAUGGAUAUUUGGAGACCCGCUCGAUCACGAAAUUAGCUUUCUCUCACCAUGGCAUAAUUCUAUCGACCCUCAUCCACGUACAUGGGAAGCUCAGUUCAAGUCUGGAAUUCAGACCAUCGCUGUAAUUGCAGUACGGGAAGGACUGGUUCAAUUGGGUGCAACUAAAAAGGUCACUGAAGAUCUAAAUUUUGUGGUAGUGCUGCAGAGAAAGUUCAUCUACUUGCAGACAAUUCCAGGGGUAUUUCUUCCUCACCCCACAAGCCCUUCAUCAGGUUCAGAGACAACCUGCAUUUCAUCAAGGCAGUUCAGCCAACAGCAGAUGAUGAUGAUGAUGAUGAUGCCACCACCACCUCCUCCACCAGUGAUGCCAUCAAUGUCAAGCUUAGAGGCAUUGCUGUCAAAGCUCCCAUCAGUAACAAACACCACAACAGCUCUGAGCCCUCCUAACGGCUUCCUCACGAGAUCCCUGAGCUGUCCCCGUCAGCCUUUUCCAGAGCCCUCUGUGUUUUUGCACAAUCCCCAACAAAUUCUGGGGCCUCCAGCUAUGGACGAAUUCCCCUGCACUCAAGAUCAUGAAAGCGGUGGGACAGAAAUGGAUUCUUAUUUCACCCAAGUCAUUGAUUGAACUGUAUAAACACCCAUCUUAGCAAAACAAAAUCACCCGGAGAUUGUCCUUAACAGAGAUCUCAUGAAAUUGUGUGCCAUGGCCUGAUGGUGAUUUGAUUGCCAGCUCUCCUAUCUCGAUUCUCCAUUAUAAUAUGAGAAAACGACUUGAAGAUAUUUAUACGCAGCAUUAUUUUAUUUUAAAGGUAGCAUCUCUUGUUGCGCCUGACAUUGUCGAUACAUAUAAUAUUUUAUGUCUCUGUCGACCCAAUUUGUUAUAUAACUUUGCAGAUGAAAAGCCAUGGAGCCCAGUAUAAAAGGUUACUGAAAUUACCCAACUUGUAUAUUUCAUGCUUAUCUACGUA